GCCCCGCCCCUCCCCCUCCGCGGCGCGCGCGGAGCUGCUGUUCCGGGUUCCCCUGGACGGAGCUGGAUCCUGCUUUUCGCCAAGGCAGGAAGUGAGUUUCGCACGGCAAUUCCGGGCGGUGUCACGAGUGAAAAAGUUUUUUUUUUUUUUUUUUUUUACUCCUCCUCUCGGCGGAGAUCCUAGUUGGGGCUGGGAAACUCCUGCAAACUCGAGACCAGGAAGCCAGCCCGCAUCCCAACCCCCACCAAAGCAACCUACUCUGCUACUGCGGGCGGCCACUGCACAUCCGUUCUCACCGGAGAGACUCGGCUGGAUGCGAAGUGACUAACACCGGCGAGGGAAUCAUGGCCAGCGAAGCCUUGAAAAAGCAGCCCUGAGACGCCGUCCGACCGAAAGAAUGUUGGCUCAAUUAAGAAACACCAGGGAAAUAAAUUCAACCCAGUGUGUCUAAAAAUGACUACAAAACGAAGUUUGUUUGUGCGGUUGGUACCAUGUCGCUGUCUUCGAGGGGAAGAGGAGACUGUCACUACUCUGGAUUAUUCUCAUUGCAGUUUGGAACAAGUUCCCAAAGAGAUUUUUACUUUUGAAAAAACUUUGGAAGAACUCUAUUUAGAUGCUAAUCAAAUUGAAGAACUUCCAAAGCAACUUUUUAACUGUCAGUCUCUACACAAACUGAGUUUACCAGACAAUGAUUUAACCACAUUACCAGCAUCUAUUGCAAAUCUUAUUAAUCUCAGGGAACUGGAUGUCAGCAAAAAUGGAAUACAAGAGUUUCCAGAAAACAUAAAAAAUUGUAAGGUUUUGACAGUUGUGGAGGCCAGUGUAAACCCUAUUUCCAAGCUCCCUGAUGGAUUUUCUCAGCUGUUAAACCUGACCCAGUUGUAUUUGAAUGAUGCUUUCCUUGAGUUCUUGCCAGCUAAUUUUGGCAGAUUAACUAAACUCCAGAUAUUAGAACUCAGAGAAAACCAAUUGAAAAUGUUGCCUAAGACUAUGAAUAGACUGACCCAGCUGGAAAGACUGGAUUUGGGAAGUAAUGAAUUCACAGAAGUGCCUGAAGUACUUGAGCAGCUAAGUGGAUUGAAAGAAUUUUGGAUGGAUGGUAAUAGACUGACUUUUAUUCCAGGGUUUAUUGGUAGUUUGAAACAGCUCACAUAUUUGGAUGUUUCUAAAAACAAUAUUGAAAUGGUUGAAGAAGGAAUUUCAGCAUGUGAAAACCUUCAAGACCUCCUAUUAUCAAGCAAUUCACUUCAACAACUGCCUGAGACUAUUGGUUCACUGAAGAAUGUAACAACUCUUAAAAUAGACGAAAACCAAUUAAUGUAUUUACCAGACUCUAUAGGAGGGUUAAUAUCAAUAGAAGAACUGGAUUGUAGUUUCAAUGAAGUUGAAGCUUUGCCUUCCUCUAUUGGACAACUUACUAACAUAAGAACUUUUGCUGCAGAUCAUAAUUACUUACAGCAGUUACCCCCAGAGAUUGGAAACUGGAAAAAUGUAACUGUGUUGUUUCUCCAUUCUAAUAAGCUUGAGCUACUUCCAGAGGAGAUGGGUGAUAUGCAAAAAUUAAAAGUCAUUAAUUUAAGUGACAAUAGAUUAAAGAAUCUGCCCUUUAGCUUUACAAAGCUACAGCAAUUGACAGCUAUGUGGCUCUCAGAUAAUCAGUCCAAACCCCUGAUACCUCUUCAAAAAGAAACUGAUUCAGAGACUCAGAAAAUGGUGCUUACUAACUACAUGUUCCCUCAGCAGCCAAGGACUGAGGAUGUUAUGUUCAUAUCAGAUAAUGAAAGUUUUAAUCCUUCAUUGUGGGAGGAACAGAGGAAACAGCGAGCUCAAGUGGCAUUUGAAUGUGAUGAAGACAAAGAUGAAAGGGAAGCACCUCCACGGGAGGGAAAUUUAAAGAGAUAUCCAACACCAUACCCAGAUGAGCUUAAGAAUAUGGUCAAAACUGUUCAAACCAUUGUACAUAGAUUAAAAGAUGAAGAGACCAAUGAAGACUCUGGAAGAGAUUUAAAACCACAUGAAGAUCAGCAAGUUGUAAACAAAGAUAUGGGUGAAAAGACUUCAGAAAGUACUGCUGCAAUAAAAAGCAAAGUUGAUGAAAGAGAAAAGUAUAUGAUAGGAAAUUCGAUUUUGAAGAUCAGUGAACCUGAAACUGAGAUCAGUCCUGGGAGUUUAUCAGUGACUGCAAAUAUGAAAGCCUCUGAGAAUGUGAAGCAUAUUGUUAACCAUGAUGAUGUUUUUGAGGAAUCUGAAGACCUUUCUUCUGAUGAGGAGAUGAAAAUGGCAGAGAUGAGACCACCAUUAAUUGAAACCUCUAUUAACCAGCCAAAAGUUGUAGCACUUAGUAAUAACAAAAAAGAUGAUAUAAAGGAUACAGAUUCUUUAUCAGAUGAAGUUACACACAAUAGCAAUCAGAAUAACAGCAAUUGUUCUUCUCCAUCUCGGAUGUCUGAUUCAGUUUCUCUUAAUACAGAUAGUAGUCAAGACACCUCUCUCUGCUCUCCAGUGAAACAAACUCAUAUUGAUAUUAAUGCCAAAAUCAGGCAAGAAGAUGAAAAUUUCAACAGCCUUUUACAGAAUGGAGAUAUUUUAAACAAUUCAACAGAGGAAAAAUUCAAGGUUCAUGAUAAAAAAGAUUUUGACUUACCUGAAUAUGAUCUGAAUAUUGAAGAGCGAUUAGUUCUGCUUGAUAAAGGUGUUGAAUCAACAGCCACAUCCAAUGAAUUUCAGAAAUUAGACCAUCUCAAUAUGAAUUUUAAUAAACUUAUAACUAAUGAAACAUUUCAAACUGAUACGGCGGGAAGAUCAAAGACUCAAGAUAUAGUGCUUGGAACCAACUUUUUAAGCAUUAAUUCUAAAAGAGAAGCUGAGCCUUUGGAAAAUGGAAAUAAGUAUCCUAAUUUGGAAUCCACAAACAAAGUAAAUGGACAUUCUGAGGACACACCACAGUCUCCUAGUAGGACUGAACCACAUGGCGUUGAUGCUGCUGUUGACGUGGGUAUGUCUAAAAGCACUGAAGAUCUCUCUCCUCAGAGAAGUGGUCCAGUUGGAUCUGUUGUGAAAUCUCAUAGCAUAACCAAUAUGGAAACUGGAGGAUUAAAAAUCUACGACAUUCUUAGUGAUAAUGGGCCUCAGCAACCAAGUGCAGCAGUUAAAAUCACAUCUACUGUUGAUGGAAAAAAUAUAGUCAGGAGCAAGUCUGCCACACUGUUAUAUGAUCAACCAUUGCAAGUAUUUACUGGUUCUUCUUCAUCUUCUGAUUUAAUAUCAGGUACAAAAGCCAUUUUCAAGUUUGAUUCAAACCAUAAUCCUGAAGAGCCAAAUACAGUAAGAGGCCCCACAACAAGUGGCCCACAAUCUAUGCCUCAAAUAUAUGGUCCCCCACAAUAUAACAUCCAAUACAGUAGCAAUCCUGCAGUCAAAGACACUUUGUGGCAUUCUAAACAAAAUCCACAAGUAGAUCAAGUAAAUUUUCCUCCUCAGCGCCUUCCUAGAUCAGAGAGCACAGAAAAUCACAGCUAUGCCAAACAUUCUGCCAAUAUGAAUUUCUCUAACCAUAAUAAUGUUCGAGCUAACACUGCAUACCAUUUACAUCAGAGACUUGGCCCAGCAAGACAUGGGGAAAUGUGGGCCAUCUCACCAAAUGAACGACUCAUUCCUGCAGUAACUCGAGGUACAAUUCAGCGACAAAGUAGUGUGUCCUCCACAGCCUCUAUAAAUCUUGGUGAUCUAGGUCCCACAAGGAGGGCCCAAAUUCCUGAAGGAGAUUAUUUAUCAUACAGAGAGUUACAUGCAGUGGGAAGAACUCCUCCAGUGAUGUCAGGAUCACAGAGACCUCUUUCUGCACGAACAUACAGUGUUGAUGGUCCAAAUGCAUCAAGGCCUCAGAGUGCUCGGCCUUCUGUUAAUGAAAUACCAGAGAGAACUAUGUCAGUUAGUGAUUUCAAUUAUUCACGGACUAGCCCUUCAAAAAGACCAAAUACAAGGGUGGGUUCUGAACAUUCUUUAUUGGAGCCUCCAGGAAAAAGUAAAGUUCCUCAUGAUUGGCGAGAACAAGUACUUCGACACAUCGAGGCCAAAAAGUUAGAAAAGAGCAUGCUGUCAAGGUCCUUUAAUUCCAAUUUGACUGCUGUAAGCAGUUUUCACUAUGGCAGCUCUAGGGAUCUGCAUGGCAGCCAGGGCAGUCUUGCCUUGAGUGUUGCAGACGGAAGAGGUUCUGGUGGGCACAUUUUUCGAACAUCCAGUCCAGGAGAUCCUUGCCAAGAUGAUACAUUCAUUUCAGGACAGCAGAACUACUCGUCAGCUACACUUAGUCACAAAGAUGUUCUUCCAGACAGCUUGAUAAAAAUGCCUUUGAGUAAUGGACAGAUGGGCCAGCCUCUCAGGCCUCAGGCAAAUUAUAGUCAAAUACAUCACCCCCCUCAGGCAUCUGUGGCAAGGCAUCCCUCUAGAGAACAACUAAUUGAUUACUUGAUGCUGAAAGUGGCCCACCAGCCUCCACAUACACAGCCCCAUUGUUCUCCUAGACAAGGCCAUGAACUGGCAAAACAAGAGAUUCGAGUAAGAGUUGAAAAGGAUCCAGAACUUGGAUUUAGCAUAUCAGGAGGUGUUGGAGGUAGAGGAAACCCAUUCAGACCUGAUGAUGAUGGUAUAUUUGUAACAAGAGUACAGCCUGAAGGGCCAGCGUCAAAAUUACUGCAACCAGGUGAUAAAAUUAUUCAGGCUAAUGGCUACAGUUUUAUCAAUAUUGAACAUGGACAAGCAGUGUCCUUGCUUAAAACUUUCCAGAAUACAGUAGAACUCAUCAUUGUACGAGAAGUUCCCUCAUAAGCACUGUGGACAAGCAAGGGGGAAGACAGCAAGAUUUACUGGAAGAUACUUGCAGGGGAAAUUAAUAUUUUGACUAUUUUUAUAUAUAAAGAACUCAAAAAAUUAUGUUCAAAUUUGUACAUUAAUGAAAUAAUGGAGCUUGUGGUUAGAGGGAAAGAACCACUGUACAGAAUAUAAAGAAGACUGUUGGAUUCAUACCAUAUAAAACUUACUGUUAGGUUUUUAAACAUAGCAAUCAAGGCUACAAAAACAAACCUAUGUUGUUUUUGUAUAGAUGGUAGUUUUAUUUUUGGAUUUCAUAUACAUGACUGUGUGCAAGGCAAUAGUUAGCCUUGAUUGUAGCCCAGAGACGGAUGGCAGAGCCAUCUAUCUCUUAGCUUUUAUGCCCUUAUUUUUAUUUGACUGGUAUUAAUGUUUUCUGCUGAAACUACUUUUCUUAAUGUGGGCAGAGAUUUGAAGUGUUGGCUUUUGCUAUGUGCAUAUUGAAUUGAAGAGUGAGUAGGUGAAGGUGGUGCUGAUGGGUUCACUUUCCAAGGCCAGAUUAAAAGUUAUUUCCUAUAAAGAUCUGGAAGCAAA